UGGAGCAGCAAGCAGAGAAGAGCAGACCUAAGACUAACAACAAAUAGUUUGUGAAACAAGAAAGUGUCCCUCACGAAAACCAUGAAGAGAGGUGGUCGAAGCUUAGUGUCUUCACCUCCUGCCUUCUCUAACGACGCCAAGAAACUCCGUGUCUCUACCGUCAGCAACGCCACCGGCCUCCAGACUGAAGAUGCUGAAACUGAAGAUGACUUGGAGACCUCUGGCACAGAUGAAGAUGAUGAUUUGACUGUCUGUGGUCCAUCUACUGUUGCCACCAGUUCAUUUACUAAACGUGUUGAGUAUAAGUUGUCAAAAGUAGAGGCUGAUGAUUUGUCAAAGAAGAAAUGGAAGUAUACGUGGGAGGUGCCUGCUGCUGACAUAUCAAAUUGCAAGUGGGUUGGCACAGGAGAGUGUUUUCUAAAGGAUGACGACUUGAGUUCCAAUUAUGGUCUCAAGCAAAAGUUGUAUAAACACUGGUUGGAUGUCUACAAGACAUCUGGAGGCAAUGACUUCCAUUCAUCUAAGCAGAGAUGGUUCUUCUCUCUUUGCAAUAGUUAUCGGGAUAUAUUGCACGGUGAGAAGAAACCUUUCUAUCACAAAGGCCUUCAAGAAGACUCAAAUAUUAUGGAUGCCUAUCUUAUGCAUUCUCUCAAUCACAUAUUUAGAACAAGAGAUCUUGUGAGAAAGAAUAAUGCAAAAAUUGACAAGCACCAGAUGAGUGGGAAGGAGGAGAUACUUCCAGGUGAUAAUUUUCUUGAUCAAGGGUUCACUCGCCCCAAGAUUUUGAUCUUAUUACCUCUGAGGAGCAUUGCACUUCGUGUCAUCGAGAGGUUAAUACAACUAACUCCUGCAAAUUCAAAGGUUAAUGUGGAACACAUUGACCGUUUCUAUAAAGACUUUGGAUCUGAAGAGGUUUCAAGUGAUAAGGAAGAGGAGCAAUCAAAGAAUGCUAAAACUAAGAAGCCUUCGAAACCUUCUGAUCAUCAAUCACUUUUUAAGGGUGAUACGAGGGAUGACUUCAUGAUAGGCAUUAAAUUUACUAGGAAGACCAUCAAGCUAUAUGGUGAUUUCUAUUCUUCAGACAUCAUUGUUGCUUCUCCUCUUGAAUUAAUGACAAAAUUUGGGAAGGCAGAAAAGAAUAAGGAAUUGGACACUGACUAUCUAUCUUCUAUAGAGGUUGUCAUUAUUGACCAUGCAGAUGUAAUAUCAUUGCAGAAUUGGAGUUUCCUGACUUCUGUUUUUGAGCGUCUGAACCAUAUACCAUCAAAGCAGCAUGGAACUAAUGUUAUGCGCAUCAGACCGUGGUACUUGGAUGGAUUUGCUCGAUUUUAUCGGCAAACAAUUAUUUUAGGUUAUUAUCUAAACCCAGACAUGAAUGCUCUUUUCAAUCACCAUUGUGUUAACUAUCAAGGAAAGGUGAAGUCAGUGUGUGAGCAUAGAGGUGUUCUCCCUAAAGUUUUAUCCCAAGUGAGGCAGAUCUAUGAAAGAUUUGAUGCAAGUUCAAUAGCUGAUGUUGAUGAUGCUCGUCUUGAAUAUUUUGAAAAGAAGGUGUUUCCUAAGAUAAAAGAUUCUGACCAGGGUGGGAUUAUGCUAUUUGCCAGCUCUUACUUUGAAUUUGUUCGACUUCGAAAUUUCUUGAAGUCUCAGAAUGCAUCUUUCUGUUUACUUGGCGAUUACACCAAUCAGAAAGAUAUAUCCCGUGCACGAGUUUGGUUUUUUGAAGGGAAGAGAAAGAUCAUGCUCUACACUGAAAGAAUUCAUUUUUAUCGCAGAUAUAAGAUUCGUGGUAUUCGAAAUUUGAUCAUCUAUUCUCUCCCAGAGAGGAAGGAGUUCUACUAUGAGAUUGUCAACAUGCUUGAAGGGUCGGAUGACUUGGCAUGCACAGUCUUGUUUUCUCAGUAUGACAAGCUACAGCUCGAGAGAAUUGUUGGAACUGCUCCGGCAAAACGAAUGAUAAAAUCUGAGAAGGGAGUCUUCGUAUUUUGCUGAAAUGUACUUCCUAGUGGGAGGCAAUGACCGACUGUCAUGAGGCUUUUAUGAUUGAGGAUUGCUAAAAAGAAUAGAAAUUACCUCUUUUUAAGCUUAUUAGAAUCCCUUGCCUCGGUUACUAUUUUUGGCAGGAAAAUCCUUCAUAAUCAUAGAUUUUUUUUUGUUUUGGGGGGGGGGCUCAUGUUCAUAAAAUAUACAUUAUGUCAUACAACUUGACCAUUUCUGCAUCACAGAUAUUCAUUUUCGCACUCUUGUUUAAUUAUAAUGGUAAAAUACUACGUUCUUGAUGCAUUUCAACUACAAA